AUGCGAAAUAUUGUCCUCAAUCAGUCUGCCGAUUACUAUGAUGAGCAGGCGAUUGAGCACCUUAAAACUGAGCCCAGUACACUUUCUGUUUCCUUGGAAAACUCAAGUGAAGUGAACGCUUCAGCAGUCGCCAACUUAGAAAAACUCAUUGCCUUUAUUGAAAAGGACAUUGCCGAUAAGAAGAAGCGAAAUGUGGAAAUGGUCGAGGCAGCAGCCCAAACUUUGCUUGGCAGCUAUUCAGCACCCGCUGUAGGCAUCACUUUCAGUGAUCAUCUAGCCGACAAUUUGACUAUCAACAAGCCUUACCGAGCGGUAUCUGCAAUUAAUGAGUUUCCGCCUGAUUUCAUGAGCGAUAGGCCAUCUAUCAUUGUAUUUUUCUUGCAAAAGAUGAGCUCAAUCAAAGUAAAAGCGAUGAACCGUAUGAUCGGCUGCUGUACAUCUGCUCCAGAAUUGUUCACCUCAAUCAUUGGCGUUUUUGUUUCCGACAAUGACAUUGGUGUUGGCACUAUUGUCGGUUCUGCUGUGUUUAACUUGAUUGCCAUUCCUGGUGCCUGCAGUUUCGCCGCCUACUAUAAUCUCAAAGUGAUGCCAAAGAUCACCUCUUUUCCCAUUGUUCGUGAUACGCUCUUUUACGUUCUUUCUAUUAUCACACUGAUUCUUUGCAUUAAGGACAACCAAGUGGACUGGAUUGAAUCUAUCAUACUUCUCUGCCUGUACGCCGUUUACAUCAUUAUCAUGUACUUCAAUGCUCAAAUAGCCAAUCUGGUUCAAAAGGACUCCAAAAAGUACACUCAUCAUUCGCUGAGCGGCUCAGCCAGUUCAAUUAACGAGCUGAAGGGUGGUCAAAAGCAGUGCAAGGCAAAGAAGUGCUGCUGUCGGACGUUGUCCAUUGACUUUUCCAACUCCGAAACGGAGAUGCCAUUUGAAAGUCAGCCACUUCUCCUCAAGCAGACUGAUCACUCUCGAAUCUCACCGCCACCUGCGUACCAGGCCACUGGUCAGACCCAGCACAGUCACCAGCACCAGCACAAUCACCACCAGCACCACCAGCACCUCCACCGAGCUCACUCUAAGCCGAACCACCGAUCUCGAAGUCAGCCUGCCGUCUUAGCGGUGCCAGCAGUGCCUGUGACUGUCGAUCAGCAGCUGUCGAUCAUUCCCUCGGCACCGAACGCUGAACUAGUGGUGCCGCUGGACUACUCCAAAAUUCAACUAACACCCUCGUCGAAUGGCAAGUUCAAGGAGAUUCAUUCCGUUUCGCCAUCCUCCUCCUCCAACGGGACGCCAUCUCCUGAGCCGGAUCUGGACUACGAGGCCAUUCACCAGGCACUGUCCACGACCAAACGAGGCAAAAGAGCGUACGACGUCGAGGGUAAUCAUCAUCUGUUGACUGCUGACCGGCGGCCGACGGGCAGACCUGGCACUCAUUCCCCUCAUCGUCAUGGGGAUGCUUCUGAUGAGCCGCUGCUGCUGGAGUUUCAACCAAAUGGUGAGGGCGCCGAUUGGACCGACAAUGCCAUCAUCCGAAUUCUCCUCUUUCCAUUUACGGUGCUCUUCUGCAUGACACUGCCAAAACCUUCACGUUUCUGCUUUGUCUUCACCUUUCUCAGCUCAAUCAUGUGGAUUGCUCUCCUGACGUACCUCAUCGUCUGGAUGGUUACUUUAGUCGGAUUCUCCCUGGGCAUACCUGACACUGUGUCGGGAAUCACUAUUUUGGCCGCUGGCACCAGCAUUCCUGAGCUGAUCAGCUCAUACUUGAUUGUGAAGAAAGCUGGCCUGGCAGAUAUGGCCAUCUGUAAUUCGAUUGGCUCCAACAUUUUUGACAUUCUCUUUUGCCUUGGUCUGCCUUGGCUGCUGAAAACCUUUGUGAUGAUUGUUCGAAACGGCGUAGGCUUUGCAACUUUAGCUGCUGCUUCCAUUCCAAUUCAAAGCACUGCACUGCCGUUGACCUCAGUGACACUUCUUCUUACCAUUGGUGCAAUGUUGAUAAUUUUCAAAGUUUCCAAUUGGCGACUUUCUCUUCAAACAGGCGUUUUAUGCACAGUCGUCUACAUUAUAUUUUUAGUAAGUUCAACUAUGCUUGAGUUGAACGUGUAA